AUGACCGAAAGCCCCGCGACCAAGCUAGUCAACGGAGAUGAGUGUCCGCGUGUAAAGAACGGACUGAAGGCGGAGAGAAACGGCUUGGAAAAGAGCCUCCACCGCUGCCAUGAGCGGCAGCCCAAGCACCACUGCCACCCCGAGGAGGAGGAGGUCCAUGCAGCAUCACAUGGUGGCCUGUACAGCCGGCCCUUCAUUGAGUCUUUCGAGGAGACGCCCAUGCUGGUGGCAGUGUUCACCUACAUGAGCUACGGCAUUCUGACCAUCUUCGGCUACCUCCGCGACUUUCUCCGUCACUGGAAGAUCGAAAGGUGCAACAUCGCCAGGGAGAAGGAGGAACAGAAGGACUUUGUGCCGCUCUACCAGGAUUUUGAGAACUUUUACAACAGAAACAUCUACAUGCGUAUAAGAGACAGCUGGAACAGGCCCUUAUGUAGCGUCCCGGGGGCCAAAAUGGACCUGCUGGAACAAGUCACCUACGACUACAACUGGACUUUUCAUUACACAGGUCGGGUGAUGCAGGAUGUGAUUAACUUGGGCUCGUAUAAUUACCUCGGCUUCGCUGACAACACCGGUCCGUGUGCUGACUCCGCAGCCGAGGCCACCAUGAAGUACGGCGUCGGAGUUGCAAGCACCAGGCAGGAGAUUGGUAACCUGGACAGACACGAGGAGAUGGAGAAACUGGUGGCUAAGUUCCUGGGGGUGGAGUCAGCCAUGACGUUUGGGAUGGGGUUUGCGACCAACUCCAUGAACAUACCGGCACUGUCUGGCAAGGGCUGUCUGAUUCUGAGUGAUGAACUGAACCAUGCCUCUCUGGUCCUGGGUGCCAGACUCUCCGGGUCCACCAUCAGAGUCUUCAAACACAACAAUAUGCAGAGCCUUGAGAAACUGCUGAGAGAGGCCAUCAUUCACGGGCAGCCCAGGACUCACCGACCGUGGAAGAAGAUCCUCAUUGUGGUAGAGGGCAUUUACAGCAUGGAGGGAAGUGUAGUGCGCCUGCCAGAAGUGAUUGCCCUGAAGAAGCGCUACCGGGCCUACCUUUACCUGGACGAGGCCCACAGCAUAGGGGCACUGGGGCCGAGAGGGAGAGGCGUGGUCGAUUACUUUGGCCUAGACCCCUGUGAUGUGGACGUCAUGAUGGGCACAUUUACCAAGAGCUUCGGCGCUGCAGGGGGAUACAUCGCAGGAAAAAGGGAGCUUAUUGAGUACCUGCGCUCCCAUUCCCACAGUGCGGUCUACGCCACCUCCAUGUCUCCUCCGGUGAUGGAGCAAAUCAUCACUUCUAUGAAGUGCAUUAUGGGAGAGGAUGGCACAACAGUGGGCUGUGAACGUGUGCAACAGCUGGCAAAGAACACAGUCUAUUUCCGCAAGAGGCUUCGAGAAAUGGGCUUCAUCAUCUACGGCAACGAGGGCUCACCUGUCGUACCCAUGAUGCUCUACAUGCCCGCCAAGAUAGGAGCGUUUGCCAGGGAGAUGUUGAAGAGGAACAUCGGGGUGGUGGGCGUUGGCUUCCCCGCUACACCCAUCAUCGAGUCCCGGGCACGCUUCUGCAUCUCAGCCGCCCACACAAAAGAUGUGCUCGACACGGCGCUGAGUGUCAUCAGUGAGGUAGGAGACCUUCUUCAGCUCAAGUAUUCCCGACGCAAAAUACAGCCGUCUUUGGCCCGGCCCUUUGACGAUGAUGUGUAUGAGGACAUUGACGACUGAUGAACCACUCCGCUCCUAAAGUGGCGUGAACCAGAACAACCCCAGAAAAAAAUAGAACCGGUCAAGAUGGAUUCACAAGUCUUCCACAAGGACCGAGAUGUGCACAGGUGCCCCUUGUCACUCGCUUGCCAUAAUGUAACCCCCCCCCCCAACAAAAGGAAAACACGUAAAACUAUUGUCUUAUUCAACUUUGCCUUACAUAACCAUGCCGAACUUGGUGGUGCACUGAAACACCACACUUCUCUGUGUGUGUGUGUGUGUGUGUGUGUGUGUGUGUGUGUGUGUGUGUGUGUGUGUGUGUGUGUGUGUGUGUGUGUGUGUGUGUGUGUGUGUGUGUGUGUGUGUGUGUGUGUGUGUGUGUGUGUAAAGUGAACUUCAUCGGGGUAAAGUUAGAUUACUUUCAAACAUGAAUCAGAAGGCUUGUUCUUUCAUCAGUACCGUUCAGAUCAGUGAUCACUGCCAUAGGCUGAUAGCAGAAAGCACUGGAUGUUGCAAUGUUUACACAAGGCCGUGUGAGUGCCCAGAUUUCAUUCCUGUUUGUUUGUUAGCAAGAUAUCGUACCAAGUAAAAUGGAUUUUAAGGAUUAUGUAAAUAAUGAUCCAGAUCUGGACUGCCGUUGGACGACUAUAGCAUUACAGUUUACUCUAUUAAAGGUCCCAUGGCAUGAAAAUUU